AUGAAGCCCGCCGUAGCCGCCCUGUGCCUGCCACUUCUCUUUCUGGCCUUCGCCGCAAGCGGGGUAGUCACCUGUACAAACUGUGACACCAAGGUCGAGAAGGCAGGCUCUGACGACAACAGCGAAGAACCCACGUGCGUCAGCUACCCCCGCAUGUGCAUUGACGUAGAAGGAGGCGAGGCCAGGCAGGUGGUGAUCUUGAACAACGGCCUGGAGGUGCUGUGUGACACGGAGACGGACGGCGGAGGAUGGGUCGUGUUUCAGAGGCGAGCGUCGGAAGACGUUGAUUUUUACCGUGACUGGGACAGUUACAAGUACGGCUUUGGUGAUCUGACCGGGAACUUUUGGCUCGGCUUGGAGAAAGUGCACAAGCUAACCACAGAGCAAAGACACGAGCUGAGGGUGGACAUUUCCUACAAAGGCAAGAGCUACCACGCCAUUUACAACCAAUUCAAAGUGCUGGGAGAAGCGGAACUCUACACCCUCAAAAUAUCCGGAUUCUCGGAUAACGCUCCUGACGACUUGUCCAGACACAACGGUUUUGCAUUCACUACCAAAGGCAGGGACAACGACGUUCUGAAACCUGGAAACUGUGCUCAGAAGUAUCGCGGAGGCUGGUGGUACUUUGGAUGUCACUGGGUCAACCUGAACGGACUCUGGGACUAUAAAAAGGGAGCUGAGGGCAUGGUCUUUGCUAACAUUACCAGCUUUUACGACUCGGUCUCAUUCAGCGAAAUGAAAAUGCGACCCAUUCGUAACCGCAGAAUGUGCCUCCUCUGA